AUGGGCAAACUCAACAUCGCUCACCACAAAUCCUAUCACCCUUACCGCCGCGACAACAUUGAACGGGUGCGGCGCGAUGAGGAAGAAGCGCAGCUCAAGGAAGCUGCGGAAGACGGGCGAAUUAUGCUCGCAGAUUCAGAGGCACGGAUGGAGCUCUUGCGGCAGCGUGCAGGCGUGAAACGGGUUCGUGCUCAUGAUGGUUCCGACCUCGAAGAUGCCCUCCAGAAGCAACGAGACGAACAAGAGCGGGGGUUGGAGAAGGAUGGAGUACCAGAGGCGGGCCCGUCGUCGUUGACCAACGCGAAGGGCCACAUUAACUUGUUUGAAGACAUCGAGCGGUCAGAGAUGACGCUCUCUAUACCUGUGCGGUCCACGAAACGGCGUUCAAACGACCCCGACGGCAAAGAAGAGACGGAGAAGGGCUUCCCGCUCGCUCCGUUAGCAAAGGACCUGAAUCCUUGGUACUCUGACCGCGGCCACGAGCGGAACAGAGAGCUCGACGGCGACAAGCAACGGCGAGACCUUGCGCGCAAGUCCACCCACGACCCCCUUACCUCCAUCAACACCCAACUCGCGUCUCGUCACGACCCACCAUCACGCUCUCGAUACCCGGCGUCGUCCCGUCCUGCAUCUCAAGGUCCGAUUCCCCCUGGGCAAGGUGCCAAAGCAGACGUCACCGAACGCCUGACGCGGGAGUCCUCGGAGCGCCAACGCGCUGCAGAGCUCAUUCGGCGGAAGAAGCGGGAGGCGGCGGGGAGCGAGACGCCGAGCACCGUGCAUGGAGGCAUGGGCGGAGGGAACCGAAGGUAUGGGGAUGUGUUCAACCGGCAGGCGGUGGAGGAGGUGCAGGCGUCGAGGCAGCGCGGGCAUGGUGGCGGCUACGGACGAGAGAGGAACGGGCGGGGGCACGGAUGGUGA